GCCUGCACAACUAGCUGAGGCAUCCUCUAAGCCAGAGCGCUGAGCAGCAGCGCCGUUUCUGAUACCCUGGACAGCGCUCACCCAAUCAGCUCCAAUCCAAGGCUCUCCAGAUCCUGCCAGGCAAGCUUCAAGUCUCUCCAGCAUGGAGCACAUACAGAGGCUAGACCGAGAAGUAAAUGAAUUUGUUGAUUAUUUGUUUGGGCCAAGGGAUCCGAGAGUUAGAGGAUGGUUUAUGCUGGAUUCCUGCCUUCCCACCCUUGCACUGACUAUCCUUUAUAUCCUAUCCAUAUGGUUGGGGACCAAAUAUAUGAAGAAUAGACCAGCAUUCUCUCUCAGGGGUCACCUAAUUGUUUACAACCUUGCAGUUACUUUGCUCUCCUUGUAUAUGUUAAUAGAGCUUAUUCUUUCAACAUGGGAAGGAGGCUACAACAUACAAUGCCAAAACUUAGACAGUUCUGGAGAAGCAGAUGUGCGGGUGGCAAAGGUUCUGUGGUGGUAUUAUUUUUCCAAAGCAAUUGAAUUUAUGGACACCAUUUUCUUUGUUUUACGGAAAAAGAAUAGCCAAAUCACUUUCCUCCAUGUUUAUCACCAUGCCACAAUGUUCAACAUAUGGUGGUGUGUUCUCAACUGGAUUCCAUGUGGACAAAGUUUCUUUGGACCUACCCUCAACAGUUUCAUCCAUGUUCUCAUGUACUCGUACUAUGGCCUGUCAGUUUUUCCAUCCAUGCACAAAUACCUCUGGUGGAAGAAGUACCUUACUCAGGGCCAACUGAUUCAGUUCGUGCUCACCAUCUCUCACACGCUCAGUGCUGUGGUUAAACCCUGUGGGUUUCCUUUUGGAUGUCUAAUAUUCCAGUCAUCCUAUAUGACUACAUUGGUCAUAUUAUUUGUAAACUUUUACCUAAAGACCUACAAGAAGCCAUUGAAAUCUGAUCCGAACGGAAAAGCAGCCAGCUUAGAUCUGCAGAACGGAUAUCACAAGGACUUAGUGAAUGCAAGCAAUGGUUUUGUGCACAAGAAACACAACUAGUAUAUGAAGACUAUCAAAUAGAAGAUACAGCCCCUGUUUACAUUUUAUUUAAACAGGCUGAUAGGCUUCCUCCUAACUACUGACCAAAUUCAAUUUUUGUUCAAAGAUUUUUUUUCAUAAUCAAUACCCCAAAUUAUUUUAAUAUUUUGAUAUGUAGGAUACGACGGUAAGGCACCAGGUGCUUUAUUUUCUCUAAAUGCCAUCAUACCAACAAUCGAGAUGAGAAGUCUUUUGAAUUGUAGUCCAGAAAAUGCCUUAUAACAGCCCACUGACAUUCUUUUACAUGUUUUAACAAGUUUUAAUUUAAUGUAGGCCUUUGUAUGCACUAAAAUUGAAAUUCUGUGAAAAGAAAGACUUCUUGCUUUUUACUUUCAGCUAAAUAGAUAUUGAAGACAGAAUUGUUUUUAAUGUACUGUACAGAAAAGCCUGAAAAAGCCAUA